CCAGUCCAUGGUAUGUUUUAGGAAGUACAAAACCUCAGUGGAGACCAUUUUCUACAGAAGAGGAGAGCUGAGAAGACUCUACUGGCUGCAGAGCAGAAGGAUUUUGAAGAUGAAGCUAUCCCUCCACAUCGUCUUCCUUGGAUGGUGGCUGGCCAGGCAGUGCUGGACCUCUAGAGCUCACACCCCCUCCAAGCCUUUGAUAUCUAUCAGCCCCAGUGGGAUGGUUGCCCUGGGGGAAGAGGUCACCAUCACCUGCAGGAGCGAGGAUGACUUUGACGGAGACGUCUAUCUCAACAGGCACCAAAGCUCAUCUGACGGAGGGAAAACUGCAGGUCCCCGCCAGGAGGCAAAAUCCAACAAGGCUGCCUUUUCCUUGGCCAACCUCAGCCCAACAGAUGGGGGCAUCUACAGCUGUAGAACUUGCUGCUCUCAAUGUUCAGCUUUGAGUGAUAAAAUCUAUCUCAACCUAACAGAUCCCAGCCUGACCAAGCCUUCCAUUUGGAUUAGAAAGGAAGAACAAGAUGCUCUGGAAGCAAACAUCUCCAUAUGGUGUGAGGACACAAAACCAGAUCUGGCUUUUGCUCUUCUGAAAUCAAGGGAGCAGAUAGCUUACAGGGCUGCACAGCCAGAGGAAAAGGCAGUGGGUUUUUUUCUCCACCCGGUGAGGUUGGAAGAGGCACAAAGCUAUACCUGCCAGUACCACCACCAAAACAGCCCCUAUGUCUGGUCAGAGCCAAGUGACCGGCCAGAGCUGCCUUGGGGAGGUGUUCCUAGCCCAUACGUAUGGGGAGGUAUUGCUGCAAGCCUUUUCCUGCUUCUUAUCUUGUUGCUACUGGCCUUUGUAUGCUGGCAAAAGAGGAGAAAAAGCUCCACAACCAAUGAAGACAACCCAGCAGUGAGUGUGCCCUUAAAAUCUGAUGCUGGAGAACACCAAGAUGAAGUCUCCUACGCUACUUUGAAUCACCAGCCACAGAAAAUGCAACAGGCAACCAGUCCUAGCAAAACCUCUGAAGCUUGCUUAUAUGCAACAGUGGCCAAAAAUGCAACUGUAAAGAAGCAAUAGGCAGAACUCUGCAGGCAUGGAUGUCGUAUUAUAGGACCUUGGGGGACCCCUGAGUUGAAUACAAGCAAGGACAGCUUAUUUUUAUUUUAUUUCCCCACAGUGUAACAUGCGGACAGAUGUGUAACUGUAGAUGCCAAACGUAAGGGCCAGAUCAUACUGGUGGCUCCAGAAAUGGGAUCAUCGGAAUGCUCUUGACUACAGUACUUAGGACAACGGUGGGGACUGGUGAAGUGAUUCGUUCUGUGAAGCCAUCAGGAGCCGUGGAGUAGCAGUGGAAACCACGAGGAGCAUUGGGGUGCUGGCACAUGGGAAGGGGUUCCCUUGGCAUCGAGGCACAUGCUGUUUGCAUCAUCACUCUUGCCAUCCAUCAGUAACCUCGUUUAUAGGAAGUUGUUGAUGCUGAAAUUACUCCUGAUCUGUAGCAGUGGUUCCUUCCUAUAUGCUCUUAGUCAACAUUUGAAUUAGUCCUUUUUCAACAAAGUGGCAAGGAGAAAGAAAACAUUGUUAUGUUAU